UUUUUUUCUUGUGCGGGUAGCACAUUUGGUCGUAAAAGUAGUCCAAGUCACGUGACCCUCUUUUAAUCAUAUGACAUCUUCGGGAAGCACACCGUUGAUAGGAGGGACAUCUAAUCCGUAGACACAAUGAGGUUGGUGAUUCUGGACGAUUACGACUUGGCCAGCGAGUGGGCAGCCAAAUAUAUCCGUAACCGAAUAAUCCAGUUUAAACCAUCCGCCGACAAUUUCUUCACCCUGGGUCUUCCUACAGGUAGCACACCAUAUGGCUGUUAUCAAAAAUUAAUUGAAUAUCACAGAAGUGGAGAUCUAUCAUUCAAAUUUGUGAAGACAUUCAACAUGGAUGAAUAUGUUGGUCUACCUCGUGCCCACCCUGAGAGUUACCACUCCUACAUGUGGAAUAACUUUUUCAAGCACAUUGACAUUGAUCCCGCCAAUGCUUAUAUCUUGGAUGGGAAUGCGGAGGACCUGGAAGCAGAGUGUCAGGCCUAUGAGCAAAGUAUCGCAGAAGCAGGAGGAAUCCAGUUGUUUGUUGGCGGUAUUGGACCUGAUGGCCACAUAGCAUUUAAUGAGCCAGGCUCCAGCCUCGUCUCAAGAACAAGAGUAAAGACGCUUGCCAAGGAUACCAUUGUGGCGAAUGCUCGGUUCUUUGGCAAUGACCUCUCCAAAGUUCCCACCAUGGCUCUGACUGUUGGAGUAGGCACAGUCAUGGAUGCAAAAGAGGUAAUGAUUCUGAUCACUGGUGCACACAAAGCCUUUGCGCUGUACAAAGCUAUAGAAGAUGGGGUUAAUCACAUGUGGACCGUAUCAGCAUUCCAGCAGCAUCCGCAUACCAUCUUUGUAUGCGAUGAGGAUGCGACGCUGGAAUUACGAGUGAAAACUGUGAAAUACUUUAAAGGUUUGAUGCAUGUCCACAAUAAACUUGUGGAUCCUGUUCUCAGCAUUAAGGACUGUUGAUACUAAAGAUGAGCACAGAAGACGGCGUACAAUUAGCGAAGCCAUCAGCAUUACGGUACUUGUCUUCGGAAAAAAAAGGGCUGUGUAUUGUUCAUGUUAUUGCGUGAGUGUACUGCAACUGUUACCAUUUUAGAAUUGUUACACAAUACAUGUUAAAACUUUUUCAUGGUGUUUUGUAUUUGUAUUUUUUUUGUAGCAGUGUAUCAGAAUUUUUUUUUAAAUUUCGAUGUAGUUAUCUUUUUUUAAAUGUGUAAUUGUAUAAAAAAUAUCUUCAUAAACUAACUCUACAUGGCUAAACAUAUCAUAUUUGAUACAUAAUUAUGAGCAAUGUGAUAAGUUUGUCCACUGAAAAUAACAUAUAUAAAUACGAUAAAAAAACAAAACAAUUAUGAACAUAUAUAUUUGAGUUUAAUGGUCCUUCGGAAUAAAAUAAAGGUUCCAAGUUUAAAGAAUAUUAAUUUGCUGUUAAUUAUUUAAUGGCUUGAAAGGGUCAAAAUGUCUAAAAUACAUUCAAAUAUGCCAUUAUGUGUCCAAAGAGCUGAAAACGAUUAUCUUAAAAAAUACAUAAAUUAAAUAAAAGCCGAAGCAAAU